AUCAUCAUCAUUAUAAUUAAUUAUUAUCGACCACUACCAAUCAUCACCAUCAGCAUCAUCAUUUUUAUUCAAAUUUGUAUCGAAAACUCCCAUCUCUCUGGCUGUGGCUGUGAAAAAAAAAAAUUUCAUUACUCAUUCAAACUCACAUUACAAAAUAUAUAUAAAAUGGUACACAAUAUGGCCGAUUCAAAAGCAUCGGGUUUCUCCAAAGUGGUGGCCAAACAUUCAUUACGUGCAAAAGAACGGUUUCUACAAAAUUUUGGCAAAAAAGAUCGUACAACGGAUGAAUUGUUUGAAAUUUAUCAAACAAAUUUCAAUAAACAACAAUCGAAUGCAACUAGAUUGUUGAAAGAAUUGAAAAAUUAUGCAACAUGUGCACGUGAAAUGCAAUCAGCAUCUAAGUCAUUAUUGGAUUGUAUGGCUGAUCUUUAUGAAAAUGAUUGGCCUGGCCAAACAAUGAUACCGGAUCGUAUAAAAUCCAUUGAAAUGUUAUGGGGAGAUUUGUGCCAUAAAUUAAAUGAUCAAUGUACAAUACCAUUGAGCACAUAUCUCAGUCAAUUUUCUGAAAUUCGAAAUAAAAUCGAUAAACGUGGCCGAAAAUUAUUGGAUUAUGAUGCUGCACGCCAUAAUCAUGAAACAAUACAUGCAGCAUCGAAAAAACGUGAUGAUUUAAAAUUAACAAAAGCACGUGAACAGAUGGAUGAAUCAAGACGUUUAUAUGAAGUUUUGAAUAAAGAGCUACAUGAAGAAUUGCCAGCAUUAUAUGAUAGCCGUAUACCAUUCUAUAUAAAUAUGUUUCAAACAUUAUUCAAUUCGGAGACACAUUUUCAUCAGGAAUACUCAAAAGUGGAUCAUAAAUUAGCCGAAAUGAUUGAACAAUUGGCAAUAGAAGCUGCAAAAGGUACAUUUCAAUCGGAUGCUGGCCGUUAUUUGAGCCAAAUACAACAACAACAACAACAACAGCAGCAACAACAACAACAACAACAACAUUCACCAUUAGCUAUGAAUAAAUCGAUUGAUGAUGGUGAUGUUGAUAAUAAUCAAUCAUUAAAUGAUGCCAUGUUAAAACAACAACAGAAUGUGAAUUCAGAAUCUGAUUCUAUUGAUUUGAAUAAAUCAAAUGAAUCAGAUUUGGAUUCAUCACCACCAGCACCGCCGGCAAAGACAACAUCAGCAACAAAAAAUACAUCCAUAAAUAAUGAUACAAACGGUGAACAUAAUGAUGCAAUCAAACAAUCGAAUGGAAAUUGUAACGAUGAAAUGAAUCACAAAAAUGAUAAAAAGGAAGAACUUUAUGAAAUUCCCAUUGGAGCUACGACUACGGAUCUACCACCUGGUGUAUUAUACAAGGUAAAAGCAACAUAUAAAUAUGGUGCUGAAGAUAGUGAUGAAUUGACAUUCGAAAGUGGUGAAAUAUUGCAUGUAAUACAAUAUGAAGAUCCUGAAGAACAAGAAGAAGGAUGGUUAAUGGGUAUACGUGAAUUGACCGGUGAAAAAGGUCUAUUUCCAGCCAAUUUUACAAGGCCAAUUUGAAAAACAUCUUUAUUAUUAUUAUUAUUCGAAUAUAAAUAUGGCGAUUUUUAAAACCGAGAUAAAUAGAGAUAUAGAGUAUUAUUAUUGGAAUUAAAGCCAAUAAUAAUAACUGUUCACGAUUCAAAUUCAUUUUAGGAUCGACGAGGAUU